UUGGUAAAGAUGAUUUCUAUGAAGUUAAUUUUACAUUGCUUGAUGGUUAUUCGAGUCUAUUCAACUUCGUAUGAAGGAGACGCAUUUGACGAUUCGGCUGUUGAAAAUAUAAUGGAGGCUGAUGGAUUUGGGGAUGAGUAUAAAAUAAACCCGAACGAUAUCAUCAGUCUAAAAAAUAAAAAAAGCUCGCCCUUAUGCACAGUAAAAAAAAUAUUAAAACUCCAUCCUAACGACGGUUACGAAUACCACCCAAAGCACUAUCACGAGCAUGAAUGCGUUCCUGCUAACAGCAGUACAGUGGAUAAUGAUUUUUCCGUGCAGAAUGUGUGCGUCGUGCACCAAGGGGGCUGCGUUAGCUUGGAGAAGACAAUGGUGUUUGUGAAGAAACCCCGUUUCUCGUUGAAUCCCCAAUUUUGCCAGAUGGAGAUAUACAAAAUUCCGGUAAAAGUCGGCUGUAAUUGCAUCCACCACAUCAAACACCAAUACAUCUAAAACAUCAUGAUUGCGUGAAUUGCAUUAGACGAAAUGUUCGGUUGAAAUAAUAGAUAAUAAAGCAUGUCAUAUGGA